AUGUUUUCAGAGCGUGGGUUUGCCAAAGGUUCUAUAUACAGUGCCAGCAAGCAUGCGGGAGUUGGCAUGAUAAAGAGCGCCGCGAUCGAGGCUGGUAAACGAAGAAUUCGCGUCAAUCUUGUGGCACCUGGUCCCAUUGAUACCCCCAUGCUUCGUACAAAUGAGAGUGGCGCUGAAGGUACUGCCCCUGCUGUACCGCUAGGACGGCUUGGCGAGGCAUCGGAAGUCGCAAACGUCGUCGCUUUUCUUUUAAGUAAUGAGGCUGAGUUUGUUAUCGGUGCAACCUGGCCUGUAGAUGGAGGAGCGAACUCUUAA